AUGAGUAAAUACACAGGAUUAGGUAUUGGAAUAGAUUUAGGUACAACAUAUUCAUGUGUUGGUAUUUGGCAAAAUGAUCGAGUAGAAAUUAUAGCAAAUGACCAAGGAAAUAGAACGACACCAUCAUAUGUUGCAUUUACUGAUACAGAAAGACUUAUUGGGGAUGCAGCAAAGAAUCAAAUUGGAAUGAAUGUUAAAAAUACGGUAUUUGAUGCAAAACGAAUGAUAGGAAGAAGAUUUAGCGAUCCAACUAUUCAAAAUGAUAUGAAACAUUGGUCAUUUGAAGUAGUUGAUGAUGGACAUGAUAAACCACUAAUUGAAGUAGAAUAUAAAGGAGAAGUUAAAAGAUUUACACCAGAAGAAAUUUCAUCAAUGGUAUUAAGUAAAAUGAAAGAAACGGCAGAAACAUUUGUGGAAAAGAAAUAA